AUGGCCCUGAAGGGUGAAUUCCUGGUGCACAGAAACUGCAGGGGCUUUCUGGACCUGAAGGAGAGGCAGCAAGGCGGCUUCCCGCACAUCCGCUGGACCAUCAAGCGUGGGCCAGGCAGAGGCGUUGAGGAUCGCUCCCACAUUGCUGCAUGGGAAGCUGAGCGAUGGAGGACUGAACUCGGCGCCCCCUGCCCUUCUUUGCAGCAAGAAUGCCUCAAUGCCCGAGGAAGAAAGCAGUUCUUGGACCUGCCCUGGGAGGAUGUCCUCUUUCCCCACAUUCUCUCCUAUCUUCCUUUGAGGCAACUCGUACAGCUGCAGAGAGUCAGCAAGACAUUCCAGUGUUUAAUUCAGCGUUACCUCACCAACAUGCGCUGCUUUGAUUCUAGCCAGGUGGGACCUCGUUUCCCGAGGGCUGCGUUCCGCAGUCUGCUGAAAGAAGUCGUGCUGCUGCAACAGCUAGCCCUGCGGAACUGCUCCGACUGGCUCUCCGACCAGGACCUGCUGCCCGUGAUUGCGCAGAACCCGGGUUUGCAGCAGAUCGAGCUAAGCGGCUGCGCGCAGCUCAGCCGGCACGUGCUGGUCGCCAUCUCGCUGAGCUGCCCCGGUCUACGGCAGCUUUCUCUAGCGCACUGCGAGUGGGUGGACGGCCUGUCCCUGCGGAGCCUCGCUGACCACUGCCGGGAGCUGGAAUCGCUGGACCUGACCGCGUGCCGGCAGCUGAAAGACGAAGCCAUCUGCUACCUCGUCCAGAAGUGUCACAGACUGAAGUCCCUCUCGCUCGCCGUCAAUGCUAAUGUCGGUGAUGCGGCCGUGGAGGAGAUUGCCAAAGCCUGCCCGGAGCUGGAGCACCUGGACCUCACGGGCUGCCUGCGGGUCAAGAACCAUUCCAUCAGGACCUUGGCGGAGUACUGCCCCAAGCUGCGUGCGCUGAAGGUGAAGCACUGCCACGACGUGGUGGAGUCCAGCCUGAGCGUCCUGCGGAGCCGUGGCGUGGAGCUGGACGUGGAGCCCCCGCUGCAGCGCGCCCUGGUCCUUCUGCAGGAUGUGGGCUUCGCCAACUUCAUCAACCUUCAGAACUAGUUGGGGCAGCAGGCGUCGGUGGUCUGUGGGGACUGCCUGUGGACAGAGCUGUCGGGGACUGCUCCAGAGGCAGGGGGUUUCUGGCCCUUCACGGCGAGUUCGGCCUGCCUGAUCUUGGCGUGGCCUCUGCGCGCUGGGAGAACAAGUGCGCUUGCGCUGGGAUGGCAAGGUGACUCCCGCCACACGGCAAUGGCUGACUGGUCUGGUUCUAGAGACGGCUUGGACCUCCUUUGAGGUGGGGCAGGUCACAAGCAGUUUCAGCUCCUUUUCCAUGUGGAUCUCCACAGAUGAGUUAAAAGUGGUCAGAAGAAUAAGAAUCCAAUCUGAUACUCAGCCCACUUAAUGCCACUAAGUCCUGGACAAAGUUGACCCUUCUGACGAGUUGAAGGGAACUUUCCUUCCUGAGGUUUCCAGUGCUCUGUUGUGCCUGUAAAUGCUGCAGGGCAGAAAUUUUCUGGGGCCGGAUUGAUGAGAAGAUUGUCGUCCUGCUAUUAAAAGCGAAGGCGGUACAGUACUUUGAGGGCGAGGGCGAGCGUGUGCGCGCGCAUGUGUGUAUUAAAAAGGGAAGUAUGCACAGACUCUCGCAUUGUGCCCUCGCGCAGAACUUUAGCAUGGCAGUGGAGAACGUGAGUGAGAUGCCUGUGGUCCAUUGUACGCAGAAGCCAUUUUCCAAAAGGCAGGACCGCUGGCUCCACGGUGCUGGCUCUGUUUGCACUUGAGUGAUUCCCAGCAUUUUCAGAUGAGUGCACACACUUGGGAUGCUGAGUGUGUUGUGAGCGCCCUAAGAUGGCUGCCAUGGUAGGCUGGUCCCAACACAUUAAAGAGCAAUAAUUUGUCCUGGAGCUUAAGCAGAAGGCAGAGCUGGGGUCUGAAUUCCAAAGCGUGAACCCACCUCCUGGGUCCAGGCAGCGGUGGUGCUGGAGCAGCGUUGUGUCCUGUCCUCGCUUUAAAAAAGGUCAAUUGCAAAAGCAUAAGAAAUGAGCUAAAAACCAAAGGCAGGGGGCAGUGGGCACCCAUGGGCGGCUUCAGGGUUCUGCUUUAGCCACGGCAAUGAGCCCCCUGCCCAGGUGUGCCCGUUGUGGCCAGCGGUGGGUGCAGCCAGAGUAUUCAGCGUGGCAGUGCUGGCUUGCAGCAUGUGUUUGUUUCUGUCAGCUAAGCAGGGGCUCGCAAACACGCAGACCAGCCCUUUGUACGCUGCAGGAAAUUAGCUGAAGGGCCCGGGGAUCCUGGAGAGCCCUAAAUGGACAUUCAUAGGAGGACUUGCUGCCGCCAGUGCCUCUGGGCACAUUUUGCGGGAAUCCAGGAAGGCCAGAACGCUCGGCCUCGGCCGCCCGCCGUGGGUGUGGCAGGGUCAUUUCGAAAGAGAGAUGCUCACCUUACCUCCUUGCUGAGAAGCAUGCUUAGAAUGGUCACCUCCGCUUGGGAGUUUUCAUUUUUCGUGCUCUGAUAGCAAACCUUUGGGGGAUACAUGAAGCAAAGGGAAAAGAAGUAUAUUGGCUAGCAGGCAUGUGGGGAACGCUAGGCUGCCUCUGCAAGACAAAUCCCAAGGGAGUGGGGAUCUUUUCCUUCUCUGUGAUGGAGGCUGCAGCAGCUGCACGCUCCCAUCUCUAGGAGAGUAAAUCCCAGUGCUUGGGACUUUGGCAGAGCCCCAAUAGGAGGAGGAAAUUUCCCUUCUGGGUAACUUGCAGCAUGUAACUGGUUUCUCUUGCUUGAAGUCAGUCGCUCUGCAUGUACCUUUCCGGAAGGAGCCUGCAACUGGGAGGACACUUGCGUAAGUCGGCUUGAAAGCGCUGGAAGCGUGUCCCACCGUGUGCCUGAUGGAUGUCGUUCCUUUGCUCCUUGCCCUUCAGGAAUGGGACUUCUUUUCAUCUCUUGAAAAUGCAUCAGUCUGAAAGCGUUCUGAGCAGAUGGAGCUGCCGUUCAUGGAAUCCGCAGUGAGCAGAUGCUUCAUUGCCGCCCGCCUCUGCACAACCCGUGUCCCGGUGAUUUCUCUCCAGCAGCACAUCUAAGACGCUUCCAUACGGCACCCACUCAUCUCCAGACUUGAGGAACGCUUGCUGAAGUAUGCAAAGAGCCCUUUAAAGUCCUGCACGCACAUAGCAUCGAAUGCCCGGAAGAAGCUGGCACCCACUGGCGUCGGUGGGAGCGAGCACUGGCAGCCUCCAUGAAAUGGCUCUGCCUGCUGCCCAGCACGGGGCCCGUGAGCCGGGGCUCCACGCAGCUCCCCUUUCCGCUCCUCUAGGCUGCUCUGAAGUUUGCCUGCUUCGGCCGGCAGGAUUUUUGCAGCUGGUGCCCAUGCAGCUUUUAUGUCCUCUGGGCCUGAUAAAAAUCUGGAGGACUGAGCCAGGGCGAUCCUUUUCCCUGGUUCCCUCAUCCUUGAAUCUGUCUGAAUGGGCCUGUGCUACUUACCUCCCUACCAGAGGCUGGUUAGUCUGCAACAUGCCAUAAAUACUCCUUUUUGCAGUGACUUUUGGAAGAUGCAAGGAUCCCUCUUCGCUCCCUUGCGCUCUUCGUGGACUCAGUACAGCCCCUUGUGGCGGCAAAAUGGAGUUUCUUCUCAAGGAAGAUGGGAAGGAUUUUUUUUUAAGCAUUGCUGUUUGGAAAAAAAAACCAAAUGUGAAAUUUCUUUUUAGCCUUUGAUAAAGUUAGACAUGAAACUUGCUGCUGUACCUCAACAUUUUGCAGGUUUUACAAAAAAAUGCAGAAAUACUGCAAAUGAAGUUAGAAUGUUGGCUUUCCCGGGUGCUGGAAUUCAGGGCCCGAUGCAGCAGGUUGCUCUCGCAGACGUUGCCACUGAGCCCGAAGACUUUGCGAGGAUCACAUCUGCUCCUCUUCCUCGUCGCGAUCCUUUCAGGAGGAGGAGCAGUGGAUUGGCGUCGCCCUUCCGCACACUGAGGCCGUGGACUUGCUCUGAGUGCCCACCAUCCAUGUCUUGGGUGGCGGUCAACCAAAACAGCAGGGGUUGCUUCCUUCUCCUGGGGUGUCUUUUCCUCCAGCGUGCCGUUCCUUCAGAACACAGGACCCAAGUCGCUUGGAGCUGAGGUGAGAGUGGGAGGUUCUCGAGGCAGGUGUGGCCAGGAGCCUCUCGCUUCUCUGCUGCUGGUUGCCGUUGUGAGGGAAGCGCCGUGCGGGAAGCACAUCGCCUCCAGGCUGUCACCGGGUGGCUGUCGCGAUUGCAGGCAGAGGGUCUGUCAGAUCAUGGAAAACAGAACCAGAAGAUGGACGGCAGCACAGGACUGGCAAAAACAUACCGGAUUACCCAAGUGUGCACGUUUCUUCAAAGUGCAUUCAGGAAUGAAAACUGAUACAGGCGUGCUGGAGAAAUUUAUGAGAGUAUUUAUCCCUGCGAAAUACACUUCUCAGCAAUUUAGGAUCACAUCAUUUGUAGCUGCAUAUUGAUAUAAGCUAUGGGUGCGCCAUGUAAUAUGUACAGGCUCCUGUGGAAAAUGAAAUGCUUGGCUCUUCCCCGCUCUGUUGUGAUGGCAGUAUGAGGAAGACGCCCCUCGUGUCUUCGACGCUCUCUAUUCAGUCGCAGCUCACUUGCAUGCAGCUGCUGGUUCUUCCCUGUGGUGGUGAUCCAGUAUGGAAGGAACAGGCGCCCUGACCGCCUUUUGCAGCACAGCGCUCCUGGACCCUGUCCAUUCGCCAUGUGGGCUGGCACCUCUGGGGGCUGCUGCCUGAAACCUCUGCAAGGCACCCACGUGUCUGUUCCUGCCACAGAGCACGAGUGCUUGUAAGACCCAGAUAUGACAGAAAAGCCAGGGGCACACGAAUAAAGCCUUAGCUAGGCUCUGUGAUCGAAA